AUGGAUUAUCUGGAAGCCCUGCUGGAAUAUGGCUUGAAAUUCUUGGAGGAUGCUGGAGCUGAAAGUGUUUGGGAAAAUGAUCGGGUUUCUCAAAGACCAUUCGGGCAUGAGCCUCUGGGAGAUGGUGAGGGUGUGUCUGCAGGGAUGAUUUCUCCAACUCCUGGCCUGGAUGCUGCACACAAGCCCAGUUCUCAUCACAGGGUGAUGGACCCAAAGUCUAUGCAGAAGGAGGAACUUCCCAGAGGAAGCAGUGGCUCAGUGCCAGCCUCUACUGCUGGAGGGAAAGUAAUGUCUGGCACAGGCACAGGAGAUGCAGCCGGCAACUCAACACAUGUUCCCAAUUCCCAGAAGGGCAUUGGAAGCGGUGUCUGUCAGGGAACACGCUGUUUGCUGGAGUUAAUAGCCAUUGUGGUUGGUGGGGAACUUGUCUUCCUGUUGUGUUGUGCUGGAAUCUGGUAUUGCUGGAAGAGAAAACGUCGCACCUCUGGACAGCAGAAGAAAGACGUUGGCUACACCUCGGACUCUGACAGCUUGAGCAGCUUCUCUCACCGUAAUAAGGGCCUGGGCAGCCCUUGCAAGAGCUCUGAGAAAAGGACCCCAAAUCGGCCAUCUACAAGGGCCCCUCCUAUUAUGCUCUAGAUCCCACUGUCAUCUCUUCUCCCCAUGGAUAUCCCCAAGCUGCCUUCACUCCCUUUUUUGAUCUCCCUCUGCACUGUCCCAUCUCAUUCCUAUGUUCUUCUAGAGACCCCAGCACCAACCCAGCACUUUCCAGCCCCAGCAGAGACCAACACCACCCUUCCUCUGCCCCUAAGCCCACUGGCCCUGCCCUCUAAACAACAUUGAAGUUCAUCUCUCCACCACACCCCGCAGUGUAGACAAUGGCCCAUUCUUCUGUGCCAAUAAAGAGAUGGAAAUAUCA